AUGGCGGCUCCUUGCCCUGACCUACGCGCCCAGGUGGCAUCUCAGAUCGAAGCCAUCCGACUGCUAAUCGCCCGUCUCUGUGACUCAAUACCAGGGUCAGCCGGGUCAGCCGGUUUCGUAAAAGAAGCGCAGAACGAGCUUGAGUUGCUUCUUGGAGUCCUUAGCAAUAUCGAGUCACAAUCCGUACUAUGUGAUGAUCAAGCAAGCCCGAAACUAUGGAGCAAACUCGAGGACUGCCACUGCUGUUUGUUGGAAUUACAAAACCUCCAAAAGUGCUAUGGGCAGAGUUCAUCCGAGACUCAUUUUCUGGAAAUCCGUGCCCAGUUAUCUGACUUGAUAUUUGAGUUUAGCGUUAUAAACGCAGACAUAGCGAUAUCCUCUCAUGCCAAUCUUGAGCGCUUACUACAGACUUAUGUCGGUGAGCUUGUCAAGAGCAAGCGAGAUAUACAAUUUUUUUAUGGCCCUUUUAGUGACCCUUCAAACUUCGAAACAGACGACAAAUGGCAAACUUUACAAAGUGAGCUACAAGACUUCGGUAUCACAUCUGAGCAGUCCACCCAGGAACGUGAAUUUAUCAUCGCAACUCUGCAAAAAGCAGUAAACGGCAAUAAGAUCCCAAAACCCGGCUGUGAACUAGCCUCAGCGGAACCUCUUGCAAGUCAAUCGCGCCCAACCCAGAGGACCUUGAAUGAAAACCCCAGAUCUUCCGUCCAAUGUCAGAGUGAAGAGGUUAUAGCAGCCGGAGUAAUGCCAGAAGAGACCUCACAACUCGAAUCAACACCCGUUACACCUGUCGUCCAGAGCAAAAAGCCUGGCUUACUUCAACGAAUGAGUUUCAAGAUGUCAGGGGAUAAAACUGAAUUACUCAAGUUAGUCAGAAAGGGUGAAAUUGACCCAAUAAAAGAAGUCCUGAAAAAGGGUGCUGGCUUGAAUGCACAAGAUUCAAAUAGACAAACGGCAUUGAUCAUAGCUACGUCCUUCGGUAACGAAGAAGUGGUAUCUUUGCUACUUAAGUGCAAAGCCAAGACAGAUUUGAAGGGAAAGAACGGGGAAACAGCCCUCUCCGUCGCUGCUCAAAAAGGAUACGACAAUAUCGCCAAGCUACUCCUACACCAUGGAGCAAGUCCCAAUGGUCCAAAUAUCCGUGGCAAAUCUGCCCUCUCACAAGCUGUCACAUGUGGAAACUCGAGCAUGACUGCUCUGCUGCUGAAACAUGGAGCCACCACCAAUGUACUAUGUGCUAACGGUGAUACGGCUCUUACCUUUGCCGCUGGAAGUAAUCAUAUCGAGAUUACACAGCUGCUAUUAAGCGCUGGCACACCAGCAGAUCAGAUUGGGUCUUCCACUAGGACUUCGCUUUUCAGGGCCGUGGUCAAUGGGAACGCUAAGAUGGUGAAGCUUCUGAUGGAUCAUGGAGCAAAUCCAAACCGACAGGAUAGCCAGUCAAUAUCGCCUAUGCUACUGGCCGUGCAAAAUGGGAACAACGAUAUCCUCCACAUUUUUUCCCAAUUCGGGUAUGUUUAUCAACCGCAAGGACUGGGCAUUGGAAGGACGGUGGCUGCUUUUGCGGCAGUCGACUUCAUGACUACUAUAGGUAACAUGACUUGA